AUUGCGCAAAAUUCCCAUCUAUGUCUACAUCUCCAAGUAUUUCAGGAGGAUCUGGUAGUUUCGCAACGCUCGGCCAGCGAAUCUUCUCAAGGGUUCCUUCCAACUUGGGUUGUCUCAUCAUCGCGGGUGACGACUUCCCAGAGGUUGUGAAGGACGUAUUCGGGGCGUGGGGCGUUAGUGUCGUUUUGAAGAAGAGAGUGGGGAAGACUUCAACUCGUGGAUUGUUAGAGUAUGAAGAUGGCACUUUUGGGCCAAAGAUGUUCAAAUACACCAGCGGCCCUCUAAAAGCCGUGCCGACUGAUCUCAUCGGCGAGCAACUGUUACACGCGGAAGCCUUCCACAUCCUAGCGACACCGCAGGAGAUCCUUGAACAGGUUCCCGAGAUACUUCGUCUUCGACAAGGAGGACAGGGGAAUCACCCGCUGAUUGUAUGGGAGCCCUUUCCAUCAUCGUGCAAGCCGGAGAAUCUUCCGAUAUUUCAUAAAGCCUGCAGACUGGUCGAUGUGUUUUCACCCAACCAUAUAGAACUUACCGCUCUAGUCUGGGGGAAGACAAUGAUAAAAUUCGAUGCAGAGGAAGUGGAAUCCUGCGCUGGUAUCCUAUUCAACAACUGCUUCAGUCCAAACCAGCAGGGCACACUCAUUAUCCGAGCGGGCGAACACGGCUCACUAACUGUAAGUUCCAUAAUGCAAAACGAGUGGCAUCCAUCAUACUACGCCUCCGGCAGUGACAGAGUGAAAGAUCCCACCGGUGGAGGAAACACGUUUCUUGGAGGCUAUAUGGCAGGAUGGCAUUCGACUAGAAGUAUCGUGAAAUCUGUCAUGCAUGGCCAUGUCGCAGCAUCAUUUGCAAUUGAGCAGGUUGGUCUGCCAGUACUAUCGCAUGAUGGUGAGAGGGAGCUGUGGAAUGGAUGCAGUGCAAAUGAGAGGCUGUCGGAGUACGAAUCGAGGUUACUUGGUGAACUAGGUGGUGCGGUUACCGAUUGUAAUCAAACAGUACGGAGUGAUACAAAAAUGCCAUGA